AGCACGUGCGCGACGCAGGUUCCGCCAUCUUUACUAUGGGCACGGACGGCUUUCCGGUCGUCUCCUGGGCUCUCUCACCCGCAAAAAGACAAGCCUUUUGGUUCUUUGCUCGUAUUCCGAGCUCGGGAUGCGGCCGGGGAGAAGAACACACACAGGGGCCGCGGCGUACUAGCUCCGCCACAGCCCCCUCGCCCUCCGCUGCGCCCUCACUCAACGUGGCCGCCGGCAAAAUGGUGCAAUGACAGGCCCAGCGCCGGCCUGGUUGUCAUGGAGACGCGAAAACCGGAAAUGCGGAUCUCGAGGAGCUUUCGGGCUGUGGGAGGGAGGACCGGCGUCACAGGUCCUGGCAGGGAAGACGUCCGCAGGUCCUGGCAGGGGAGAGUCGUGCUGGCGGCAGCUCGUGGUAACAGAAGCCAAAGAAAGGGAAACUGAAGAGGAAUUUGGUGCAUGGGUCCAAUAUACAAGUGUCUUCUACCCUGAAUACAGUAUUUUCUUAAGGCAUAAUAGUGGAUCUUUGAAUAUUGAAGAUGUUCUUACCAGCUUUGACAAUACAGGAAAUGUUUGCAUCUGGCCGGCUGAAGAGGUUUUGGCUUACUACUGCCUCAAGCACAGUGAGAUAUUCAGGGACCUUGCUGUGUGUGAGCUAGGGGGUGGCAUGACAUGCUUGGCUGGGCUCAUGGUUGCUAUUUCUGCAGAUGUCAAAGAAGUUCUGUUAACUGAUGGGAAUGAAAAGGCCAUCAGAAAUGUGAGAGACAUCAUCCAAAGGAAUCAGAAGGCUGGUGUGUUUAAGACUCAGAAAGUAUCAAGCUGCGUUUUACGAUGGGAUAAUGAGACAGAUGUCUCUCAACUGGAAGGACAUUUUGACAUGGUUAUGUGUGCUGACUGCCUGUUUCUGGACCAGUACAGAGCCAGCCUGGUCGAUGCAAUAAAGAGAUUGCUCCAGCCCGGGGGGAAAGCAAUGGUAUUUGCCCCACGCCGAGGGACUACUUUAAACCAGUUUUGCAAUCUAGCUGAAAAAGCUGGCUUCUCUCUCCAAAGACAUGAAAAUUAUGAUGAACACAUUUCAAACUUCCACUCCAAGUUGAAAAAGGAAAACCAGGAUAUGUAUGAAGAAAACCUUCAUUACCCACUUCUGCUUAUUUUAACCAAGAGUGGAUAGAAGACUAAGCUGCUCAAAAGAUGAAGAAAACAUCAAGUACACAGGGAAUGUUUUCCCAAACCAGAAAUCUGUAAUGUGUGUAAUAUGCAGCAAGCCAUUGGCUUCCUGUCCAGCCCCCAAGUCGUGGGCCCCCCGCCACCUUGGCGACAUUCCACGUGUGAUUAUGGAGCCCACCUGUCCUCACCCACAUUAUUCCCCAGCCAUCCCCCUCCUCUCUUCCUGCACUAAACCUUUGUUUGUCUUUAAAUAUCUAUAAACAGCCUAUCUGCUAUUUGAAUUGGACUUGUAAGCACCCUAAAUAUUUUUGCCUCUAAUUGAGACAGAAUUUCCUUUGGUGAUUGCCACCCCCAUUUUUGAAAAAAAAAAUACCUUGGUCUUUGUUCCAUUUGGGUGGCGGUAGUUUUUAAUGUAUAAAACCGCAAACAUGACGAUUCUAUCCUGGUUAAUAAAAAUAAAGCAUAUCUUUCUUAUCUCCCUCAAAUUAAUUGGUGUUAAAGCUGCCAUCUCUU